AUGUAUCUCCGGUACCUCUUUGGUCUCUCCACGAGCGCCUUCCUCGUGGUUGGAGCGUAUAUGCUCUUCCAGGGGGAAGGUGAAGCCUUCAAUGUCGGCCGCUUCCUCGAAGAGGUGUCCCCUUACGCCUGGGCGAACAUCGGCAUCGCGAUGUGCAUUGGAUGUUCGGUGGUUGGAGCUGCAUGGGGUAUCUUCCUCACCGGUUCCUCAAUCGUCGGCGGCGGUGUCCGCGCACCCCAAAUUCGGACCAAGAAUUUGAUUUCCAUUAUUUUCUGCGAGGUCGUGGCUAUUUACGGUGUCAUCAUGGCGAUCAUAUUUUCCUCGAAGCUCACCCCUGUCGCCGAAGUCGAGCUCUACACGAAGAGCAACUUCUACACCGGAUAUGCGCUGUUCUGGGGAGGAAUUACAGUCGGGCUCUGCAACUUGAUUUGCGGUAUCUCCGUCGGUAUCAACGGCAGUGGCGCUGCUCUCGCCGAUGCCGCGGAUAGCAGCCUGUUUGUCAAGAUUCUCGUCAUUGAGAUUUUCAGUUCAGUCCUUGGACUGUUCGGUUUGAUCAUUGGCCUUUUGGUUGGUGGUAAGGCCCUGGACAUGGGUGCAGCUUAA